GCUCGCCCGCCGUACGUCCCGCGCGCCGCCAUGCCAGACCCCUUUGCCGCCGCCGCUUUCAGGCGGUCGUCCCGUCGCCCCUGGGUGCUCACCGACUCGAAGUGCCACAUCGGCGACCGCGACAACGCAACAACCGCCCACGGCGUCACGAGCCAAAGCGGCGACAUCAAGGUGACCUUCGAGCUCGCGGACCCGCCCGGCGUCUCUCGCUGCUUCGUGCACUGCCCCGGUCUGGCGGAUGGCUGCUACGGCGGAGAUCCCCUGGUUCUGAGCUCGGCGGACGCGUUCGUGCUUCUCGUCGUCCCCUUCACCGAAGGCUCCAGGCGCAGGGAGUACAAGGAUUUCUUCGUCUACAGGGCAGGUCCAGGGGCUCCAUCGCUCAGCCUUCUCCCCGCCCCCUACCGCUACCCUGACUACAUCAGGCUGACCGGCGUCGUGCCCCUCGGCGGCUCCGAUCUCAACAGCAAAGACUACGCCGUGGUCUUCCCCCUCGUCUGGCGAUCGCGACACACCAAAGACUCUACCAGCAGGAAGUGCAUCGAUCUCCGCGUGUAUUGCUCCGAUAACUCUGCGUCGCCGUGGCGCUACACCUACAAGAUGGCCAGCAUCGCCAUGGACACCAAGAUAUACCAACAUCACGAAGUGAUGUGGCACCAAGGCACCAGAGUGAUCUUCGCCGGGGCAGGAACACUUGGCUGGGUCAAUCAUUGGCAUGGCAUUCUGCUAUGCAACGUGCUGGACAACAAUCCGGUCAUGUGUUUGAUCCAAUGGCCCGUUCCGAUCCCUUGCGAUCUGGUGUCGCGGUUUGGCAUAGGAGUCGAUGAUAUCUACCCCCGUCUGUUCCGUGUAGUCGCUAUAAGCAAUGGUGUGAUCAGGUUCGUCGAGCUGAAAUCUUGUGGGUGUACUGAUACCAUGGACGGUCACCACAUGGAAUUGGGACAUCCGCUCAAAGAAGUGGCACAAGAGGUUCACUGUCAAGGCUGAUAACGUGCCUGUCACUGGUUCAUGUUUCCCUAAGGUAUCAGGUGGCAAGAGGUUGAGCUGGGACAAGGUGGUUCACGGUGGGCCCACUCUUAGCUUGUGUGACGAUGAUGUUGUCUACAUCAUGGCUAGACUGGACAUCCGGCCGCCGGUUGCAUGGAUGCUUGCCAUUAACAUUAGAGAGGAAACACUGGAGGCGGCCAAGCAGUGUUCUGCUGAGAAGAUGCUCGGUCUUGAACCGACUUAUGUUCAGUGUGCCUUGUCCAACUACAUCAAGCAGUGGAGAAGGUGAUGAGGAAGGGGACACUGGAGAAAACACUUAUCUUGUCUACUGUUGUUGUUAAUCUUGUUAUGUCAGGUUGUUUUCCUUACUCUGAAUAUCUGAAUAAUGGCUAGAGACACGCUGUCUUCGUGCAGCGGCAGAAUAGGUCUGGGAUUUUACCCUUUUCUGUUUUGUUUGUUCCUGGCCACAAACAGUUCGUGGGAUGGCACGGGAUCAAUGGAUCUUUCGCAGCCAGUUUGUCAUUUUCGUGUAUAAAAGGAAGAAAGCAAAAAUGAUGCAGGUUGAACGCGUCGCAAAAA